UUGUAUGCUGGGGUAUUUACAUUUUAGGAAGUCUGACUUUGUAACCCUUUGGCUGCUUAGAUGAAUCUCCUGUCACUGUAUGUUGCCUUCUCCCCUCCCCUUGCAGGUUUCCCUCUGGGCUCUACAGUGCAGUCUAAAACCAAGGGCAUCUGGAUGUGGUGUGUGCCUCACCCCUUCAAGCCAAAACACACCCUGGUCCUUCUGGAUACCGAGGGCCUGGGUGAUGUGGAAAAGGGUGACCCUAAGAAUGACUCAUGGAUCUUUGCCCUGGCUGUGCUUCUGAGCAGCACCUUGGUCUACAACAGCUUGGGCACCAUCAACCACCAGGCCCUGGAGCAGCUGCAUUAUGUGACAGAGCUCACAGAACUAAUCAGGGCAAAGUCCUCCCCAGAAGAGGAUGGCACAGAAGAUUCCACAGAGUUUGUGAGUUUCUUCCCAGACUUUAUCUGGGCUGUACGGGAUUUCAGCCUGGAGCUGAAGUUAAAUGAUCAUCCUAUCACAGAAGAUGAGUACCUGGAGAAUGCCUUAAAGCUGAUUGCAGGCAACAACUCCAGAAUCCAAGCAUCCAAUCGACCCAGAGAGUGCAUUAGGCAUUUCUUUCCAAAACGGAAGUGUUUUGUCUUUGACCGGCCAAUAAACGACACAAAACUCCUAGCCAAUAUUGAGAAUAUACCUGAGUAUCAACUGGAUCCUAAAUUCCAGACACAAGCGAACAAUUUUUGUUCCUACAUCUUCACCCAGGGAAGGACCAAGACUCUCAGAGAGGGAGUCAUAGUCACCGGGAAUCGGCUGAGAACUCUGGCGGUGACCUAUGUGAAUACUAUCAAUACUGGAGCAGUGCCUUGUUUGGAGAACGCAGUGACAACCCUAGCCCAGCUUGAGAACUCUGAGGCUGUGCAGAAGGCAGCCAACCACUACAGUAAGCAGAUGGCCCAACGACUGACGCUCCCCACAGACACGCUCCAGGAGCUGCUGGAUGUGCAUGCAGACUGUGAGAGGGAAGCCAUUGCAGUGUUCAUGGAGCACUCCUUCAAGGAUGAGAAGCGGGAGUUCCAGAAGACUCUUGUGGAACUCAUAAAGGAUAAGAAGGAGCAUUUCUUGCAGCAGAAUGAAGAGGCAUCCGUUAAAUACUGCCAGUCUAGGCUCAAUGAGAUUUCACAGGUCCUAAUGGAAAGUAUUUCAGCAGGAACUUUCUCUGUUCCUGGAGGAUACAAGCUCUACAGGGAAGCAAAGGAAAGUAUUGAAUGGAAGUAUUCACAACUGCCCAGGAAAGGAGUGAAGGCAAAUGAGGUCCUCCAGAGAUUUCUGCAGUCACAGGUUUCAGUAGAAGAAUCCAUCUGGCAGGCAGAUAAAGCCCUCACUGAUGGGGAGAAGGCCAUAGCAGUGGAGCAGGUCAGGAAGGAAGCAGCUGAGAGGGAACAGGAGCUGCUAAAACAGAAACUACUGGAGCAGCAACAGCAGAUGGAGGCUCAAGAAAGGACUCUCAAGGAAAACAUAGUCCAACUGAAAGAGAAGAUGGAGCGGGAGAGAGAAAACAUACUAAAAGAACAGAGUAUGAUUUUGGAGCAUAAGCUGAAGGUCCAACAUGAUCUGCUCAAUGAAGGAUUUCAAAAGAAAUCUGAAGAGAUGAAUGAAGAGAUAAAUCAGUUGAAGUAUAGGAUUGAAGCUACUAAAAAUAAUGAUACUCCCUGGUUUGCCCAAGUCUUAGAGAGAUUUGGCAAUGAGAUUGUUUCAAUAGUUACUGCUCCUGUUAAAUUUGUUGAUUAUAUUGCACGCACUGUGAACUCACUAUUUAAGAAUUAGAUCUCCUUUUAAAGAAAUUAAAGAAUGUGGCUAUAUACUCUGGCCUAUUUUUGGUGCAUAUGCUUUUCACUUUUAUUCAGCAAAGUUUUAAAUACAAAAAGUGCCUACAAGAGGAUAUCAAUGCCUGACUCACUUUAGAUAGAAUAAAUCCAUGUACACUUUGAUACAGCAUGUUAACUUUUAGAAAAUAUACAUGUGCAAAAUUGUAAGUAUAUAUAAAAUCCACUGAGGCAUCACUUUAAAUGAGAAAAGAUUGCUUAAUUCGAUUAUUUAAGUAUCUAUCUACAUAAAUGGGUAAUAUAAAUUGAACAUGUGCCAGUAUGAACACUGGAAUACUGUAUAGCCAUAAAUAAAUUGACAGUGGAGCUCAAUUUGUACAAACAUAGGAAAUCUUGAAAAUAUAAAGUAAAGAAAUAUGGAAGAAAACA